ACAUACGCGCUCCAGUGUAUUUCACUAAUUAAUUAGUAAUCUCUUUCUGGACUCUCAACUAGUGUUUUUAUGGUUCCUCUGGUGAUAAGUGAUGGUGAUCUACAAUUGAACCGGUGACCCAUGUUAUUAUAUCCGAAAGCCUCCCUGGCGAAGAGGCGAGCGCUGUGGACUUAGCAGUGGGAGAUCCCGGGUUUGAUUCCUGGCAGUCUGGUAGAAGGCUUCGGCCGUGGCUAGUUACUACCCUACUGGCAAAACCGUGCCACCAAGCGAUUUAGCUUUCCAGUACGAUGCCGUGUAGAAACCGAUAACGGCUUGGAUUUAAUGAAACUGCUACCCUCUUCUAAGUUAGACCGUUUCCAUCUUAGUCUGCAUCAUCACUUACCACCAGUGGUGGAAGAUGCGCCGGUGGCGACACCACCGCGCGGCGGCGUGCACGUGAUACUCGGCUGCAGCAUGGCGCCGCACGUGGCGCUGUUCCUGCUGCUGUGCCUCGUGCGCUGCGACACCAAGACCGUGCUGCAGGACAAGCUGGCCGGCGUGCGCACGGUGGACGUGCAGGCGGUGGAGGGCAUGGUGGCGCAGUUCCCGUGCGACCUGGGCACGGCGGCCAACGACAAGGUGUACAUGGUGUUCUGGUUCCGGGACGACGCGGGCAUCCCCUUGUACAGCUUCGACGUCCGUGGCAAGCACCUCUCGGAAGCCCGGCACUGGUCAGCGCCCGAGGUGUUCGGUCCGCGUGCCCACUUCUCCACGUCACCACCACCGGCCUCGCUCCUCGUCCGAGACGUGAAGAGACGCGACGAGGGCGUCUACCGCUGCCGGGUCGACUUCCGCAACACGCAGACCACCAGCUUCCGAUACAACCUUACUGUUGUUGUACCACCAGAGAAGCCCGUGGUGGUGGACAGAUGGGGCCGAGUCAUCAACGCCACCACGCUCGGUCCUCACGAGGAAGGUGACGACGUCCUGCUCACAUGCCGAGUGCUUGGAGGUCGUCCGGAGCCUUCAGUCCGAUGGCUGGUGAACGGUGUGCUGGUAGACGAGGAAUAUGAGCAUAACACGGGUGACGUCAUAGAGAACAGAUUGCUGUGGCCCGCCAUACGCCGCGCGGACUACGCCGCCGUGUUCACGUGUCAAGCCGCCAACUCACACUUGGUGCCGCCCAAGGAGGUCUCACUGGUGCUGGACAUGUUCUUGCGACCACUCACAGUGGAUAUCAAGAAGCCAUCAGAGACUGGUGAAGGUGGAGUGCUAACAGCAGAGAGACGGUACGAGGUGGCGUGCGAGUCAGCUGGUAGUCGCCCUCCGGCCGCCAUCACGUGGUACAAGGGCAAGCGGCAGCUCAAGAGGAUAACGGAGGAACUUCGUGACAACUUAACUGUCAGCGUGAUGAGCUUCGUGCCAACGCUGGAUGACGACGGCAAGCCCAUCACUUGCCGAGCCGAGAACCCCAACGUCACCUCGCUGUUCCUCGAGACCUCGUGGACCAUCAGCGUAGUGUAUCCCCCAGUAGUGAAGCUGCGGCUGGGCAGCUCGCUGGCGGCGGGCGACAUCAAAGAAGGCGAUGACGUGUACUUCGAGUGCCACGUGCGCGCCAACCCGCCGGCCAGGAAGCUAUCCUGGUUACAUGACGAUCGGCCGCUAGCACACAACGCGACGGCCAGGGUGUUCCACAGCAACCAGAGCCUGGUGCUGCAGAAGGUGACGCGGCACAGCAGCGGCCGCUACGCCUGCUCCGCGCUCAACGCCGAGGGGGAGACCGUCUCCAACGAGCUGCACUUCAGGGUCAAGUAUGCGCCGUCGUGCCGCAGCGGCGGCGUGUCGGUGGUGGGCGCGGCGCGCGGCGAGUCGGUGGUCAUCGUGUGCGAGGUGGACGCCGACCCGCCCGCCGCCGUCUUCAAGUGGAAGUUCAACAACUCCGGCGAGACCCUCGACGUCGCCGCCGACCGGUACACGUCCAACGGCAGCGCGUCCAGCUUGAAAUACACGCCAGUAGCAGACCUGGACUACGGCACGCUGUCGUGCGCCGCGGCCAAUGAGGUCGGCGCGCAGCUGACGCCCUGCGUCUUCCAGAUGGUAGCAGCUGGCAAGCCUCACGCGCCGCGGAACUGCACGCUGUGGAACCAGACGGCGGACUCCGUGGAAGUGUCGUGUGUGGCGGGCUUCGACGGCGGCCUGCCGCAGCACUUCCUGCUUGAGGUCUACUCUGGGGGAGAUGACAAGCCCAGGGUAAACCUGACGUCAGAGGAGCCGGUGUGGACGGUGCGCGGGCUGGAGUGGGAGGUGCGCUUCCGGCUGGUGGCGGUGGCCGUCAACAGCAAAGGCCGCUCCGCUCCCGCGCGCCUCGACGACCUGCUGUUCCCUGACCCAGAGAAGAGAACAGCAUCAGAGACGACGCUAGGCGCGGGCGCGGCGAGCGCGGCGGGCGCCACGCUGGCGGGCGCGAGCGCGGCGCUGGCGCUGGCCGUGGCGGCGUGGCGCGCGGCGCGCAGACGCCGCAAGCCGCGCAAGCCGCCCGCGCCGCAGCCCGCCAAGAGCGCCGAGCUGGACGACGCGGAGCCCGACCUCAUACCCAAUAACUACUGUGAAACGUCGAGCGCUCCUUGCUUGGCGGCGUCGUCGCCAAACAGAACCGCCCCCGCGCCCUUGACCACACCGGCGUGCAACGGGCCCGGAGCGUCGUGGACGUGGGGCGCGCGCUCGGCGCCCGCGGCGGCGGCGCUGGGGCGCAGCGCGUCCGCCACGCUGCGGCCCGCGCAGGACCUUAACGUGGACGCCAUCAAGGAGAAGCUGCUGGACAACCGGAUCCCGGAGUCCUGCGUCUAAGCCGACCCGACUCACGUGUAGAGCGCCUUCCACACCGAACCUAACUUCCAAACCACAACGAAAUAUUAGACUUAAUGGCGUUGAUCCUGAUCUCUCUUUCAGUGUAGAGUAACAUCUGCAUCUUUAUCUUUUUAACCGACUUCGAAAAAGGAGGAGGUUCUCAAUUCGUUGGAAUCUUUUUUUAACAUUGCUAAAAAUACAAAAAUACAUUUUUAAAAAUACUCUAUAUACUCUAUAUAGACACUUUAAUAGACUAUAUACAUUUACUACUCUUUGUAAUAAACUGACGACUGACACCUAAGUUCUUAAUUGUGAAAUUAGAAUCUAAAUUAAAUAAAGUUUGUCUGCCCUUUUCUUAUUACCUAAAGAGAGGUAAGAACAAGAUGCGAAUACCUACUUUAAAAUUAAGUUGCGACCAGAAUCAAUACCUAGUAGCCUAGUUCUUAAUUGAUUAGUUCUUAAGUAUUAAUUAGUUGAUGGUCAGUUGUUUUAUAGUUUAUAUAUUUAAAGGCAAAUUAAAAUUGAAUACUUACCUUCCACAUAAGCAUUUCGACAUUGAAAAAUAAUAUGCCGUAAGCUGAAAAACUCUAUCUUAGCCGCUUUUAACAGCUAUAUCAGAAGCUUCAUAAUGAAGCUCUAAGAUUGCAGUUACAGUAAUCUUUCAGCCAAUCCAUUUCCGAGGCGGUAUCACAAUUUUGUUACAGUUCAAAUCUUAUACUUACAUACGAGUAUGAAGCGAAAACAGGUUUGAAUCACAUUUUCAACUCAUUAUACUAAUUUUUAUAGAUUUGUGCCUCUUUACUAUUGCAUGUUACAAAAAUUGUGCUUUUUGUGUAGAAGUAGAAGUACCUAAUUCAGAAUUCUUUAAAAUAAGAAAAGUUCAGCCCAAGAUUUCAAAGAACUCAAUUCUUAAAUGUUUAUUCCUUUGAAUCUAUAAUUAAAACAAAAAGAUUCCAUAUCUUCGCGUUAUAGGGAAAGUAAUAUUUGUAAUGAAACCGGUAUAAAAGCAAGAGUUUUGGCACUUGAGCUAGGCUCCUGGCUUGCUAAGGAGGUUUCAAUGUUGUGUUUGUUUUAUUUGCCUCGGCUUUCUCGGUCGGUGUGGAAGGCGGCUCCUCGGGCCUCUAGUUACAUGUCUGCCUUCGUUCCGCGCUCCUCGAGCGCCUCGAGCGCCUCGAGCGCCUCGAGCCCGUGCCUCGGCUCAGGAGCGCUCGAGACGAAGCAGGUGUAAAGUGAGACGGCAGCGUCCCUUCAUGUGCUAUGUAAAUGUUGUAGCUGACGCCAUCUUGCGGUCAUUACUGUGUGACUCGAAUAAGUUGAAUGUUCGGUUGUAGCGAUAAGUUUAAUUUUUAUUUCGACAAUUAUAUACAUCUUACCUACAGUAAAUAAUUUCUUUGUAGUUUGUAAAAAAAUAAGAUAAUUUUAUUUUCCUUGACUGUCAGUUUUGAGAAAACGUUCUCACUUCUCAACACAGAAGUUGGAGUUAAUCUGCUUUGUGUGUGUGAAACAUCCUACUCCCCAAAUAAUUUUAACGUCAAAAAUUACACCCGAAUUUGAAUUUCUCAUACAAUUUUUGUACCAUACUAUUAAAAGGAUUAUUAAGAACAGCUAUUGCUAGAACCGACUAUUCUGUAAUUAGUGUUAAUUCGGAGACUAUAAUAUAAUUAAUAAAAUCAAAAAGAUCUAUCUGUUAUUUGGUUUAGAUAAAUCCUGUGAUGUACAUAGUAGGUUGUAAGCGACUGAGUCUUUGCCACUUUUUUACAUGUCUAACUAAUUCGACUUACAAUAGAUAGACGGUCAUCAUAUCUGUGUAAAUAGUAUUUGUUACUUCUUCCGUGUCAUGCUGAUCGCAUACCUUCGACGCGCGCCGAACGCGCCGGUCGCAUCAAUAACUCCAUGACGAGUUAUUGUUCUGGCGCGGCGUGCAAGUAAAUAAAAUGUAGAUGCCCACUUUAGCGGCGCAAACGGUUGCAGCAUCGUGGCAUGCCGUUCCCGACGACUCAUACCGUCACACGAUCGAGUGUGACUCAGUAGGAACUCAUCUACCAAUAUUAUGUUAUUAAACAUUUAAUUCUACCUUUUCACCGAAAAUAUCUUGGACAGGUCGUAAUCCGCAUUGAGCUCGUCCGAUUCAAUUAUCGCUUAUUAUAACAUCAUUUCAUUUCAUUCAGUGAGUGCGGCUCUUGCGGCGCGCUACUCGGUAUGCGAUCAGUUUUAAGGUCUAAAGUCGGCUUGAGAGAACGCUAACACUCGACUGGUAUGAGUGGUUGUAAGUGAAGUAGUGAACCACGAGGUGAACAGGUUUUUCAAAAUAAAAACUAAUAAGUAACUUGUUUUCUUUGUUCACACACAAAUGCUCAGCACGACUUGGCGAGUGCUACCUACGAGUAGUAGAAUACUUACAAGAUUUCUUUUCAUGUGAAUGCUAUGAUUUCUAACAAUGAUGUUGCAAAAAAAAACUUUUACUUGGUAGUGUAGUUCAUGCACUAGGUACAAGAUAAAACAAAUAUUUUUCUACAAUUUUCUAUUUUU